AUGCUGAACAGACAUUGUAAGAACGGGUCUUUCGAGAUCUCAUGUCUCUGCACUACAUUUUCCCAACUUAAACAUUGUAUUACACUUAUAAGUUGUUAUUCUUUAGGUUGGAAAAGAAAGGUAGUGCAUAGAGCCAAAGGUACUGGAAUUGAUAUAUAUUACCGUGCGCAAGAUAACAAGAAACUACGAUCGACACGGAAAGUCCAUGAAUACUUAGACCCUAGAUCCCGUUUAAAAAUACAUCAUUUCACGUUUGCACGAAAACCUCUAGGUUUGGAUUGUUCGAAAGAAGUAUGUAGACAUGUCAGAAAUCCUGGUGUCCCUGACGAUGCUAUAAAUAUAAUCGAAGAACAAGCUGUAGGGUUAGAUAUCGAGGAACAAAAUCCAAUUGAUAUACAACCAGUAAGACAUUUUAUUGAAUGCUAUUAAUAUUUAUUUAUAUAUAUUGUAAUGUGUUUUUAGGCAGUUGUAAGAUAUACUGGUGUCCCUGACGAUGCUAUAAAUACAAUCGAAGAACCAGCUGUAGGGUUAUAUAUCGAGGAACAAUAUUCAAUUGAUAUACAACUAGUAUGUCAUGUUAUUGAACAUUUCUUUGAAUGCUAUUAAUAUCUAUUUAUAUAUAUAUAUAUUGUAAUGUGUUAUUGGUCAGUUGUAAGAAAUCCUGGUGUCCCUGACGAUUCUAUAAAUAUAAUCGAAGAACAAGCCGUAAUGUUAGAUAACAAGGAACAAAAUCCAAUUGAUAUACAAACAGUAAGACGUGUUAUUAAAUGAUAAUAAUUUUUAUUUCUAUAUAUUGUAAUGUGUUUUUAGGCAGUUGUAAGAAAUCCUAGUGUCCCUGACGAAGCUAUAAAUAUAAUCGAACAACAAGUUGUAAUGUUAAAUAACAAG